AUGGAUGCCGGUACACAAUGGGUAAUUGCCGUUCUUGUGCUACUUCUAAUUCUACUGAUUGUGCUACUAUUCUCAAAAACUCCCUUUCUAAGCUUAUUCAUUGCUAAGCGUGGAUGGGAGAAAUUGGAUGAGAAUAGCGGCAUACUUGAACACUCCAGCUCGCUAUCACGUAUCCCUCUUCAUUAUAAGCAGCCGGGAGAUAAAGCGGCCACAUUCUGUCACGGUAACCCCAUUGAUGGAUUCAUCAAGAUGAACUAUGGAAUUCAAGAGGAGAAGGAUCCACGGCAAUAUCUUGUCCCAAGCGAGGAGAUUCAGCAUCAAUUAGUAGUCGAAAACACUCCGGAUGUGCAUCUCACACCAGAACGAAGAAUAUCAGUCAAUGCUGAAGAAGCGCUGCCACAGUUUUUAGCAGCAGAAAUUUGUUAA